AUGCUUGCAGAAGCAACAACAGCAAAAGUAGCCUCGACUACAGUCAUUAGAAAAGACGAAUGUGAAUGUUACAAGGUCAUACAGCCUCAGCAUCCCCAUCAAUGUCAACUUUGCCACAGAAAGAUCAGCGCUUGUCUGUAUACAAACGAGCUUCAACACAAGAUCACACUGCAAGCCUACGAGAUCAAUCAACUAAAGAAGGAAUUGCAUGCAUAUGAACUCGAAAAACGAAAGCAGGAUUUGGAUUUUCAGACACUCAACAGCAAAUACAUAGCAAGUUUAGAUACCAUGACCGAUAUACAGUUUCAAAAAGAACAGGCAGACCGGGAAUUGGAAGAACUCAGUGCUCGUUUGUUUGAAGAGGCUAAUUGUAUGGUGGCGAGCGAGAAGAAAAAGAGAGUGCAACUUCAAAGCAAGCUUGAUGCAACCGAAGAUCAGUUGCUGAAUGAACGAAAUCAAUUGCAAGAGCUGAAAUCUCGCAUGGAAAGCCUGCUCCAGCCAACAAUCCGUGUCGCAAGUAGCACAAGUACGCCGUUUAAUGUAGAAUAUACUGCAAACUAUCGCAAUGCAAGCAACAAUACUUCAAGAAAGAUUGCAUACACAAAUUGUAGACUGAGCAAUGUUGCGACCGACAGCAAUAGCAUCACAGAUAGCAUCGCACAAAACAAAUCGGCUAUCAGUAAACGACGAAACACAGUUGCCAGUUCUAUUCUGUUAGCCGCCAUGUCGCCUGUUUCUCUCCCGCCCAUUACUUUUACAAAUAAGCACACACCAAUGACAUUUGACUUUAAGGUAACUCAGGCACACAUGUUCAGAUCAUUCCUUGAUUUGUAUGGCAACAGUAGCGAGACCAGCAAGCGCAUCAAUAGAGCCUCCUCCUAUUUCGACAGCGAAAGCGAAGAAGAGGAAACAGAGAAAGUUCAAGAUAUCUUAUCAAUUGAAAAUAGCAACCACAGUUCAUUCUUUUACUAUACGCAUCCACAAAUCGUUUUACCGCCAGCACAACAGAGUGAAUACAUCAUGCAAUGUGAGAAAGAAGACAUAGAGCCUUGUCUCGGCUUUGGAAACCCAGAAUCUCGCAUGUGUGUUAAGGUGAUGAUGGAAUAUAUGCUGCAUAAGCCCUGUUUUAUCGAGCACAUUACGUUAGAUGUAGCGAGAAAUAUUCCGCCACCUACGAACGCCAUCUCAUCUGCAUACUACCGUCCCUUAUGGGAAAGGUGGUCCGUCAAUACUUACUAUUCUGCGACGUCCGCAACAACAUCUACACUAUCAAACUUGCCUGAAACUAAACAGCUAGAGUGCGCAUCAUGUGGAAGGAAAACUAAUCUCAAACAGCCAUCUACACAAAAAUUUUAUCGUUUUCGGCUUGUUGAGGAGGACGAUUGGCUUCUGAUAGACCACGAUUGUCGUAACAGACUUGUUGCAGUUUGCGAUUUCUACAGUUUUAUCAGAAAUAUCCAAUUGGGACUCUACCAAAAUCGGUCCUUCCAUGAUUUAUACCAAGAAAAUGUACAGUUAAGGUUGAAAAUGUUUUAUUCACGGUAA